GACAACUACUCCAGCAGGCAGUUGCAGAUCUCAACCGAGUGCAGACUUAAAUGCCAGGCCAAGCUCGCCAAACAGUUGCAGCGGGCCACCGAGUACAGAGAUGACGUGCUCAGGAAGCUUGGCGAUAACACGGUGGAGCUCUCAGAUGCCAAGAAAUCAUUGGCGGAGGCGCAGGCGGCAGUGGGCGGCGCCAGCGAUGAGCGGAGCAAGAACAUCGAGAAACCUGACGAGGAUGAGGAGUUCCCCACGCUAUCGCGCGACGAGACCGCCCUGCUGGACGCCGACCAGAAGAAAAAAAAAAACGAAACCAUCCAGGGCGAGUUCCAGAAGGAACACAAAAUACAGAAGUACCAGGAGGAGAAGCAAGUAAAGCACAACAUAACGAAACACGACCUGAAGCACCUCGAGCUGCAGAACCUGAAGUGGCCCUGGCUUCCCAAUAUGACUUCGCCGACGCUGACCAGAUCGAGCAGCACCUGGCACAGCUGGCGAGGGUCGAAGCGAGAACGCGCGCAGCACCCGCGGCACGCCUACCAGGCGCCGCGGCGGCAGCGCCAGCACCACCGACAGCGUCAAAGCCAGCGCGACCCAAACCAUAAGCAGCUGAAAAUCAAGAGCGAGAGUAACUGCAGCCAGACCCUGUACUACGACAUCCACAAUAUCUCAGGGCUGGCUCAGAGGGGGAUGAGCCUGAUCCUGCCCAAGGUACAG